AUGCUUUUGGUUUAUGGCCGGGCCCUAAAUAACGGCCACAGAGCACGUAGACUUUAUGGAGAGCUGUAUCCCACGAGAAGGUUGCCUAGCCAUGAUACGUUUGCAAAUACUUAUAGAAGGCUACGUGAAGCUGGCAAAUUGCAACACAGGGAACCAGGAGUACGUGGAAGACCACUUGAUGUUGCUGUGGAUGAGCGUAUCUUGGCGGCUUUUGACGAUGAUCCCACUAUAAGCAUUAGAAAAGUAGCGACUGAACUCGGCUUUUCUGUAUGGAAAGUGUGGUCGGUUCUCCGCAACCAUUGCAAGCACCCAUUUCACCUCACCCCAGUGCAAGGUAUCGUGGAAGGAGAUUUUGCACGGCAUAAAAUUUCUGAAGAUUCACUUCUGCCGCGUGUGAUACAUGAUUUUUUAACAUUACACUAA